AUGCGGUUCCUCUUCUCCCUCCUCGCGGCCACGGCCCUCGCCAGCGCCAUUCCAACAGCCACAAUCACCAAACGCGACGCCACAGCCGUCGUAGACGCAGUCAACACCAUCGCCAGCCAAAUGGUCGUCCUCAACAACACCGUCACUUCCUACGACGGCGGCAUCCUAGGCACCAUCACAGCCCUCAAGAUAGAAAUCGAAUCCGUCAAGCUCUCCAGCGACCUCAAGGACGCGAUCUCCACCACGCAGGCCGCAGCCAACUUCACAAACGCGGAAUCGCUCACCGUCGCAUCAGCGUUCAUCAACCUCGAGCCGCAGAUCUUCUCCACGCUGAACAAUAUCGUCGCGAAGAAGCCAAAGUUUGAUACGGGGUUGUUGGGGAUCGGAUCGUUGGCGUUCCUGGUUAAGGGGAAUCUGCAGCAGCAGAAAGAUUUGUCGGCGCAGCUUGGGGAUGCGGUUGCGGCGAAGUUGGCGCCGUUGUAUGCGCAGCUUGCGCCGAUGAUCAAUAAGCAGAUUGCGGAUGCGUUUGAUAAGGCGAUUGCGGCGUAUAGUUGA